CCUGUGUUUAUAACUUUCGUGCUAUGAACAAGUGUUUAUUUAUCUUCCUGUUAAGCGAAGUUGAAAUAAUAGAAACGAUACAAUUCGUGCUUUAAAAUUUAAAAAAAAAUGUGUAAUAGUGGCCCGUAAAUUUGAAAAAUUAUUAUUCAUUAUGAACACGAGUUUUACGUAAGAAAUUUUAAAGAAAGUAGUGCUAUUUUUAUUCUUUUAAUAUGAAUACUUCAUGUGCCAGCAGAUUUUUAAAAAUUAAACGCAGUCUAACACAUAAAGACGUUUUAUGCUGUUUUUUUAUAACUGCGAAAAGAUUUUCCACUAGGGAACUCUUAAAUGAAGCGUACUGUCGCACAAAACUAAAGUGUCGUUCUAAAAAGCUCCCACAAGAUGUCAAUCCCCAAGGAGUUUUUGCAUGCAAUGAGCUUGAUCUUUCUGAGGUGAAGGUAUAUGGGUUUGAUUAUGAUUAUACACUUGCUCAUUAUAAGCCCAGUCUUGAACAUUUACUAUAUAAUCUGGGACGGGACAUGCUACUCGAAAAAUACAAGGAAUUAGAGUACCCAGCUGGAAUAGCUAAUCUGGAGUACAAACCAGACUUUGCUGUUCGAGGAUUGCAUUAUGACAUUGAAAAGGGAUUACUAUUGAAAUUAGAUUCAUUUCUACAAAUACAGUUUGGGGCUGUUUACAGAGGGUUGACACCUGUGCCAACUGAGGAAGUUCUUAAACUGUACAAAAAUAGAAUUAUACCUAUUGCAUAUGUUGAAGGUGACACAAGGGCUCACAAGACAAAUAUAGCAAAGAUGGUUCAUUUGGCAGAUUUGUUCUCUGUACCAGAAAUGGGUUUGCUGUGUAAUGUUGCUGAGUAUUUUAAUAAGAAUCAUAUAGAUUAUCACCCAGAGAUACUCUUUUUGGAUGUCAAGAACUCUGUUCAACAUUGUCAUCCGAUCAUGCACAAAAUCGUUGCUCAAAACGUGGAGGAAUACGUGAGACCAAAUUCAGGUCUUAAAAAAUACUUUCGACUUCUUCAAGAAGAAGGAAAGAAGCUGUUUCUAGUCACAAACAGUCCCUUUCAUUUUGUGAAUGCUGGAAUGGAAAUGCUAGUUGGUCACGAGUGGAGAGAUUUCUUCGAUGUCGUUAUAGUAAAUGCGAAUAAACCUAAGUUUUUCACUGAAGUUUCAAGGCCAAUUAGGGUGUUCGACAAAAAUGCAAAUACACACAUAUGGGAGAAAGUAACAUCCUUAGAAAAAGGCAUUAUUUAUUACGAGGGUACAGUGAAGCAAAUGCAAGAUCUGACGGGUUGGAGUGGCCAUCAAGUUCUAUAUUUCGGUGAUCAUCCAUACAGUGAUCUCGCUGACGUCACACUCGAACACGGCUGGAGGACCGGAGCAAUUAUUAAUGAACUAACGCAUGAAAUAAACACACUGAACACAAAUACGUUCAAACAGAACGCGAACUGGCUUCAAAUGCUCACCCAGCUUAUCGAGGACCACCAAGACUAUAAGCAGCCCGAGGCCCUAGAGAUCAUUGAUAAAUGGAUGGCUGAGAGAGAUUACCUCAGAAACGCAACAAAAUCAGUAUUCAACCCUCAAUUUGGAAGCGUCUUUCGCACAUAUCACAAUCCCACAUACUUUUCAAGGCGUUUAUUCCGAUUCGCGGACAUCUACACGUCAAAUAUAAGACAUCUACUUAACUACUCACUCACUCACACGUUUUACCCUCGUCGUGGUGUAAUGCCACACGAAUAUGGAUCGUAUUUCGUCUAGAAUAAGGAAACCACAACGAACAGUAUAUUUUGCAUUAUACACGCACAGUAUUUGUUAAGACCCAAUCAUGAAAUCAACGAAACUUUGAAGAAUAUUGUAUUUUUUAACGUGUUUAUUCCAUGUAUAUAAAAAAUAAAUUAUAUAUCUAAGCUUACGGUUAGAUUAGGCGGCUCAAAAAUCAAAUAAAAAUGGUCAUACGCUGUGCAAGCAAGACUAUGAUUACCUUUUAUAUAAGUUUUUUCUAUAUCAUUGUUUUAUAAAUUAUACUUUUAGCCUCAAAAAAUUAUGUUGAAAAUUUAUAUAUUUUAUUACUAGUUUUGUUUUAUCGGUUUUGUUUAUUAUUAUCUUAUAAGCGUAGAUUUUAUACAAUGGUCUUUAAUACUUCCAUAUUAUUGAACCAACGACGUAUAGCCCUUUGUUCUUAAACGCACUACGCCUCAACUAGCUAUUUAAUGCAUUGUCCUUAUUACUCUCUUGGCAUUUAGAAAGUAUAUAAAUGAGACAAAAGAUUCAUGACUAUAUCCGGUUUUCGUAGUGCGUUUAGGAAUAUAUGAAAUGAGUUUUUCAUAAAUGGAUAAGGGAGCGUUUAAGUAUUACGUAAGGAAUUUUGGGGUG